AUGAGGAUGUCAACCAUGAUGUCAUACAAAUAGUUAAACCGUUCCUGUCGAGUGUCCAAAUUUACCGGAAAUCAUGUGGUAUUGUCGUUGUUUAUACAAUUUGAAGCACACACAAACGAGAGUGUAAAAACUUUACUCUGGAUUGAAGUGAUCUCGUGGUUGAACUCCAUCACUUCUCUCAGCCCAGAACUUCAAGAUGUCUCUGACAAUGUCUCAAGGUGACGGUAUGACCGUUAUCUCUGUCACCACAAACCCAAAGAGCAAAUGGCCACUUCUGUGUCAGAUUUUGGGUACCUUGUGCUACAGUCCAGUGUGUUCUGUAGCUCAGAAGCCGAAGAGAAAGCUGACAAAUACUCAGACAACUUUUGGGGUUGUACAGAUGAUAGUGGGAGUUAUCAAUAUUGUGUUGGGGAUUCUCCUUGCAAGUUUCGGAAUAUAUAGUGUAAUUACGGACUGUCGAGCACCCUUUUGGCUUGGUGGUAUGUUUCUUGCAGUUGGAAUCGUGUGUAUUCUUGCUGCUAAGUUUCCCAGUCCUUGUCUCCUGGUCAUCACAGUGAUUUUAAACAUUGUUAGUGCUGGUCUGGCAAUCGCCGCUGUUGUGCUGUAUUCAGUGGAUGUGGCAGUGGGCAGCUACCAGUGGUGUGAUCACUAUUACAAUGAUUCAACACCCUCUCCUGAACAGAGAACGGCCACAGAAUUAUGUCAGUACUACAAGCAUCUCAAUCAGAUGAUCCUCGGAGGUUUGGAUAUCAUGAUGAUAGUUCUGGCAGCUCUUCAGCUCUGCGUAACCAUCAGUUUCUGUGUUGUGACUCUGAAAGCUUUGUGUGAGAAGAGUGGGGCUGCAAAGUCUGUGGAGGACCCACAACUUUACAAGCCGCUCCUAGAAGAUGCCGCUGCAAAUCCUGCAUGUUAGAGACACAAUGAGCAUGGAAAAGAAAGCGAUGUAUUGCAACACAAUAAUCAAGUUAGAUGUUAAUUAUUGUGGGAUAAGUUGCAAUUGCUUUUAAAGAAAUCACUAGAUCACUUUGGUCACACCCCUUUUCCUUUUAUAUAACACCUAUGUAGAAAAAAUAGAAAUAUUCAGUAAAAGAGAAGAUCAAUGCUCUCACUUUUCACAACUGACCUUAUAUAACCAUAUAUAAAUGAAGGUCGUUUUUUGCUUGUGAUUUUCUAUUAAACGUGCCCUAAUGUAUCCUGGUGUGGUAUGAAUAUAUAUUUUUAAGUAUAUGAAAGUCAAGCUUUCAUCCAUUACAUGUAAAGAUUGAUUUUCUGUGGUUGCAUCAUUGUUCCUCUAGGUGGGGCUAAGAUCCUCAAAUAUAUCUUGUUGCCACCGAGAAAGUUAAACGGAGCCACCACCUGGUGCCAGAAAUUUCUUUUCCAUUCCACCAUGACAUCUAUGGGUAAAUUUAAAUUUAGUUUUAACGGAUUAUCUUUAAAUUGUUAUUUCAUGUCUAUAUUUUAUAUCUAUUGUUCUCCAUGAUAAAGUUUAUUUGACCAUAAAUAAGUAAGGAAUAAAUAACUGACAGCACCUCAA